AGUCAUGUCCGAACAUUAGGCCACUCUGAUCGAUGCGUUCACGGCACAUCGCAUAGAAGACGAAGCAGAAGAAGCAAUGGCUGAAAAGGUCAGCUCACCUCCUAUAACAACCUCUCCGCCUCCCUCCGGUGCUCCGGCUGGAGCUGAGAGUGACAAAGCUGGGCCAUCGCCUGGCGAAAAGCCGCAGCCUGACGGCUCAAAGUCCGCUGCGACAAAAGGCGACCCUCCGAAUACCGGUGCACCAGGUCCUGACUCAGCGAAGGCAUCCCCACCACACACCGAUGCAAAAAAACCGGAUGCCAGUGCGGCGAAGCCUGAUCCACAGCAGUUGGGGCCACGUUCCGAUGAAAGCAAGGCGGGCUCCAGUCCUCCGAAGUCUGGCUCUCAACAGCCCGCACCGACAAGGAGCGAUUCUAAACAACCCCAACCCGCAAAGUCUGAUGCCAAGCAGGCCUCACCGCCGAAGAGUGAAGCUGCGAAUGUCAGGGCAGAUGCGCAGACAAACGUCCCGCCGCAACCCGUUUCUGCAAAGCCUUCGGCAUCAGGUCUUGUUCAGCCCAUACCGCCGACCGAUGCAGCGAAGCCUGCAGUUGGAGUCCCCGAGUGCCCAGGCGCGGCCACAGUUAUUGCUGAACCUUCACCGGGUAGCUUCCAGCAAAUGCAGCAAGGUCCGGACUUCCAAAGUAGCAAUCCAGCUGAAAAUGGUUUAAUAGGAGACAGGUUCUGCUUUUUUGUUGUCAUGGGCAUCAUCUUGGCCAUCCCGAUCAUCGCCAUUCCGCUGUUGCUUUCCAGCAAGGGCAGCGACUGGAACGUUACUGCGCCGGCUGAUGGAACCAGUGCGGUCGUGAUCGUUCGCGUAAAUCUAUCCUCCCCUAAGACUCGCAAACGGCUCACAACACCCCAUGCACGCGUCGGCAUCGAGCAAGCUGGCACGUGCACGACACAAACAUCUCGGAAACACCGCAAGGAACGAGGUAUAGUGUGUCACAGCACCCACUGCCUCGCUCUGGCGUCCCUACUUCAGUCAAGACUCAACAGGAUGGUGGACCCAUGCGCAGACUUCUAUAGUUACGUGUGUGGUUCGGGCCUUGGUCACACAUCACCAAUUACUUCAAAGAACGAGUUUGUCGAAAAGCACACCACGAAGCCUGUUCUCGAGAGAGCCAAUCGGGCCAUGCGCCGCGCCUCGAAUUGGGGGAGGAAACUGUAUGUAUCCUGCUUGAAAUUCUCUAAGAGUGCAGAGCAGGAGCUGCACGUCAUCAGAGAUUUCAUGGCGUCUUUGAAACUCGACCUCGGCGGCGUGUCUGAAGACCUUCAUGAAGACCCUCUCGACGGGAUGUUGCAGCUAUCGCUGGUAUACGCGGUUCCCGUCAUCAUUUCGUUAACCGUCGAGAGCAUGGUUUUCGUCCAGGGCAAAUCUAUCCUUCAGCUCAGUCUAAACAAUGAAGACUUCAAGUGGUUCAGGCUGGUAUCCAAAACACGCCAUUCUCAGCUUCAGGUGUACUACCACGAUGUCCUGCGCCUUCAUGGAAUGCCACCUCAAAGUAUAGCAUCGAAAGACUUCAGACAGGGCAUCAUUCCUUUGGAGAAACGAGUCGCAGGCUUCAUUACGAACGAUAUAAAAGAGAAUGCGUCUAACGUGCUCGACGCUGUCGUCAUGAAAGUCCGUGAAUUGAACCGAUUCACUCCUGGCAGCGUGUCUUCAGGUCGUUGGGCACGCCUCGUUGCGAAAGGUAGCAGCCGCCUGUUCGGGGCCGAUGACGCGGUGCUGACCAGCCUCAGCGCCCUACGGCUCGUCGACCUCUUGGUGCGAGCAGCAAGCCCGACCGACGGAAGGAGGCUCGUCGCCGCGCGCCUCUUCGCCGCACUCAUACGCGGCACAUAUCUGGAAUCACGGCUCCGGGGGCCGCUGGCGCACGGAGCAGCGCCAAUCGAAGCGAAGGCCAAGCACCAUUGCCUGCAGAAGGUUUCCCGAGUCAUGAGUGUUCCUCUCCGCAGGCCGUUGUCCCCGAUCCACGUGGAGGCAGUUUCGGCUGCGGAGGCCGUCGGCAACCGCGUACGCACAGCCAUGGCGCGGGAAGCUGGGCUUCGGCGCUGGCUCAGAGGUCGGGAGCUGGAGCACGCUGUGCGGAAGCUUUUCGGAGUGCGUUUCUCAGUGGGCAUUGCUGAAGAUACCUUAACAGCGACCGGAGACCACCGGCAGUACAGAAACCAGGCCAGCCGCUCCGGCGGAUCGUUUGUCCAAACCUGGUUGGAUGCUGCGAUGAGGACUCAACUUACACGCUUGACGCUCAACCAAAGCCGUGGGCGUGACGAGCUGAAUGCGCUUCAUUCGAGGAACGCCAUUUAUUCGGGUAGCACGCAACGACUUGUUGUUCCCACGGCCUUGACCGAGGCUCCAAUUUUCUUCGUUGAAGGACCCGCCUCGUAUAACUACGGCUCCCUCGGACAGGUCAUAGCACAUGAGCUGUUUCACGUCUUCAAUCAACUAUCUUCCAAGGUCGCCACGGACGCUGGUCCUUUGGCAGCGCGGAACGACACAGCGCCCCACUAUUUUCGGCGAAAGAUGGGAUGUCUUCUUGAGUCUUAUAAAAAGGUGGCCCACAACAGUGAACAGCCGUCGACCACUAGAGGAUACGCCUUCCUAGCCGACUUGGUUGGACUGAAGACGGCACACAAGGCGUUCGAUAGCUUGCGACACGAGCGCGGAGUCACUUGUCUGCUCCCCGGAUUGCGCCUCACUCCUGAGCAGCUGUUCUUUGUGGGCCAUUGCGCCCUGCACUGCAGCCUCGCUGCAGACAGCGACGCCUUACGGCAGCGAAUCGACGCCCGCGAACGCUGCCACCUGCCGCUCGCACAAAUGACCGAGUUCGGCCGGUCUUUCAACUGCAAGCGCGGCUCGCCAUUGCGCCCGUUUGCGGAGUGCAGUUUUUAAUAUUUACCCGAGGAACGUCGUUCUGUUUCGAGGAGAGUGUUUCUGAGAGCAUCAAAUCGUUCACAAUUGUUGUAUAAGUUCGCCAUAGUACGUAGUUUCCUGCUGGAAAAUAAUAUAGGGACGCUGGUUUCUGUCCUAUGGGCACUGAUAAAUAGCCUUCAAAUGAACAUAUGCUGGGCCUUUUGGUAAACGGUACUUGCAUGUUCAGCGCAAAAUCCUUCUGCGAAAAAAAAAAGACAGGACGGACAUGUCGUACCUUGUCGGUUCAGUCGUUCUCUUCGCGUUGUGUAAUUUCGCACCGCAUUUUAAACCGUUGUAUUCCAACGAGCCAGCUGCAACGCAAAUCACUAAUCGCGGAAUGUGGCAGGUUUGUUCCGCAAAUUGUUCUGACGUUUUGU